GACACCUCAACGCCAGGCCAUGACAUCUGAAGACUGGCGGCCAGACAGUCCCAUCCAGGCUGUGAUGGAGCAGCAGGCCGAGGCUCAGACAGUCAUCAAGGGUCUUCAGUUUCAGCUGCAGAUUUUUGAUAUGCUGAAGAAGAAAGCUCUUCAGAAUGUUACAACUGUCUGCUUUCCAAGCGAGACGGCUUCGGCAGAGUCCAGCAAGCUUUCCCAGGCACUUGGCGAGUUGGCCACCAGAAGGUGUGCUGGGCAACUCAGAGAUAACGAAGGCUCAGCAUCCUCGCUAUGUCCUUGUAGAAUGAAAGGAGAUCCUGCGCUAGCUUGGUCCAGUGUUCUUGACCAAAGUGUAACAGAAGGACUGGUGGGAAGGCAUUUAACCGAAUUACGUAGAAGCCCAACGAUGGCUUCUUCCCACUCCAACGUGUGCAGCACCAGAGCAGUCCCCUCGUCGUCUCCCUUGAAGUCCUGCAUAGAUGCGUCCGCAGGGGCAGGUGACUGUGGCGACGAACUGUGGGACGCCCUGGAGAGGAUUGGCAAUGGAGCAGAAAGGCUGAAAGAAGAACUGGAAAUGUCCCAGAGGAUGGAGCGAGGUCCCUGCUCCCCAAACAGCCUUCUGGAACGUGCAGCUUCCUUGGACGCCAAAAGUCACAAAGGACCUUCAGGGACGCUAAUAACCAAAUGUGGUCAGAGGAAAAUGGAACAUCCAUCAAGCAGAAGUUUGGAUUUGGAAACUCAAGUCGACAGGCUUCAGCAAGGUCUGCAGGCCCUGGAAGAGGCACACGAGAAGCUUCAGGGGCAAUUGAAAGGUCAGGAGGACUCCACCGUCAAGACCCUGAUCACCAGCCUCCAGGCAGAGAACCAGCGGCUUAACAAAACACUGGUCCAGCUGCAGCAAGAAAGGGAGUGUGAAGUCUCUUGGAAUCGGCAGCUGCAGAGCAAAGCGGAGGAGGCCUGUGCCAACAUGGCCGCUUGCCUCACACGCCUGACUGAAGACAACCAGGAGUUAAGGAGACAGCUGGAGGAGAAGGACGCCGCGUUAAGGAAGAUGGAAAAUGAGAAAAUGCACACGGAGGAGGCAAAUCUCGUGAACACCAUGCAUAGAAGUCUGGACAGUCACUUAGAAGAACAGGUACGGUCCAAGGAAGCACAGGUCAGAGCGCUGAUGGAAACUCUGAGCCAAGAGAGAGAUGGAAAUGCUAAGGUCAUGGCUGAGCUUGAGAAGACAUCCCGGAUCGCAGAGGGCAAGCUGCAGCAAAGAGAAACCGAGAACAAGGCCCUGAGCCGAGAACUGAAAGGGCUCCUGGAGAAAUACAGCAGUCUCAAAAAGCACCUGAGGUCAGCUGAAGAGCAGGAGCAGAAGAGUCUGGCCGAGAAGCAGCAUCUCCUGGAGGCUCGACAGCUGGCGCAUGAAGAGCGAGAGGCAGCACUGAGGACCGUGGAAACCUUCAGAGAAGAGCUGAGGCACGUCAAGCAAGACCAGUACAGGAACAUUGAAGAGAAGCACAGACUGGAAGAGCUGGUGUCCAGUCAGCAGGAUACGCUCACUGAUCUAAAGCAAAAGUUUCAGAAUGCUAACCUGGAAACCCAAAAGGCCCGGGACCUUCUAUCCAUCAAGGACUCGGAAAAGGAAGAGUUUGUGACUAGAGUCAUGGACUUGUCAAACGAAAACAGGAAGCUGAUGGAGAAAUUUGAAGAAUGUAUCAUUGGCCGAGACACUUUGAACCAGCAGCUGGAAGAGCUGCAGAAAGAGGCAUGCACCACUCAAGAGGACAUGGAGCAAACCAUUAAGCAGAUGGGCACAGCGCAGCAGGGGGCCGAAAGGAAAAUCUCAGACCUGGGCAAGGAGCGCGAAGCCUUAUGUAGGUUGGUGGACAACCUCAAGGAUGACAAGAGACAUCUCAGGGAAGAGUUGCAGGAGGCCAUUCAGGAAAAGCAGCAGCUGGACAGUGCCAGCCGUACCCUCAGUGAGGAGCACAACAAGGUGCGGGCCCACGCCAAGGCAUUGGAGAGGGAGAGGGACUUCCUGCAGGCCGAGCUCAGUGAGCUGCGACGAGACUAUCUGCAUCUGAGUGACCGCAUCAGGGACCGGCUCAAUGACAUCUGCCAGGAUGGCAUCGGGGAAGAAAGCUACAUGUCACUGAGGGAGCUGAAGAUAAUCCAGCAAGAGGAAGAGCCAACGAGAAGCCCGGGUGUAGAAGCUGGGACUGCAAGAAGGAAGCACAACCAAGAAGAAAAGAGAAUGAGAUCAAGCACUGGGGCUUCUCCAGGGUCUCAAAAAACUCUGGGGUCAACAGGAGGAAAAAACUGAACACCAGAAAACCAUAAAACAUGAAGAUAAAAAAAUAGUAAUGGGAAGAAAAUGAACAAGAAGAGAGUAGCAGAUAAUCAUGAAAUGGAGGUUUCCAAGAUACUCAGCAGCAGCCGUUCAGUUUCUUAGAUAAAGCAGAGUUUUUCACUUCAGCAACCUACCAGGAACAAUAAAGAAUACAUGAGCAGCCCUUCAACUCCAUCCCACAAUGGCAACCUCAGAACUUUGACUCAAAUGAAAAAGACAAACUGCAAAAAGUAAACAUUUAUUAAACUGAAAUGAUGUGCACAAAUCUAAAGAACAAGAUAACUAAGUGCCGAAACCACAGAAAGACCUAACAAAACUU